GGUUGGUACUGCACCUCCUCCGCAGUUGAUCGCAUUUGGUGUCAGUCACAUAUCCGUCAAAGGUUAAUUGUGGUUCACCACCUACAUAAUGUCAUAUCAGCAAAGUUCCCACUGCGGCUAUGCGACGUACAGUAUUUGACAACAGGAUCCGACCUCUGCCGCAGCGAGCACAUGCACGUCUGCCAUGAGCUGUAACUUGUUCUCAACGAUUUGCAUCGGACCGCAUCUCUACUCUCUACUAUGCGUCUCCACUUCUCUACAGAUCACGUUCGCAACAGCACCAUUAGCAAUGAACAGGGACAGGUGCUCUACAAAGUCAUCACACCAUUUCGCCCAUUCUUCAUGAAGGGCACCAGCACGAUUUGGAAGAUUAUACCAAACGCCCCACCGUUGUACUCCAAGAGGAAAGCUGAUGAAUCGAACAUCGAGUUUGAACCGGAUGGGGAAGAUCCUGAUGGUGACCCUAAUGUCACUCCCGUAGCCGAAGACAUCCAUGUAAUUCAGUCUGACGGAGACGAAGAGGAAGAAGAGACAAUCUUGGACAUGCAAGAUCAUUUUGCACAGCUCGCGCAAAUAGAAUUCCACAAGUUUCAAACAUCCUGCAUUCGAUGGUUUGGGCUUAAUAAACUAGGACGAGGGGAAGUUUCUACGAAAGAGUUCAUGCCAGCGCGUGGCAUUACACGUAGAUCACGUACCUUCUCUGGACCUGAUGUCCGCGCAUAUCGUUGGCAUCUUGGGAUGAGAGUAUGCAAGCUCUAUCUUGAAAGCGAACUCAACAAUCCUGUUGCCCAAUAUCGCCGAUACCGUUUGGGUCUUCUCUCUGGAAAACGCCCUCGAUGUGGCUUUCUUGAUAUUAACCUGCCGAAGCCAAACCAGAUCCAUAAUAGUGACGAGAACACCGACACCGACAACUAUACUGAUCACGAACUUGAACACACCUUGUGUAAAGAUAUGAUCAGCCCCGAGCUUCUGGACACCAUAAUUGUUACAUUCAUAUACGUCGAAAAAUUAAGGCGAGAAAGAGAGCAAGCAGGGAAGAAAGACCUGAGGUGGAAUUACUAGGUAUGCUCGAUAUUCCGUUUCCGUUCGUUCUGUUACUGAUCCUGCAACCUCUUUCCAACA